GUCUAGAAGAGGCAGAGACACAACUACAACAGAAAAAUAGCCAAAACUAAAACAACAAACAAAAUACACAAUUCCACAAGGCUACUACUUAAAGCAACCGCAAUCCUAAGCCAAAAGUCACACAUUACAACACGCAUCUUAACACAAUCCAAUCUCUUGUUACUUUUUUUCAAUUUUUCAAGUUGAAGUUUAGAAGCAAAAGCUAAAGAAGAUUCUCAAGCCAAAAUCUUAUAGUUCCAAAUUAUCACAACCAGUGACAAGCAAAGUAAAGCAAAAUUAAGAGUAAAGCAUAAUAAAAAGCCCCUUCAGCCUCAUAAAAAAAAACUGUGUUUUUAAUUCUUCUUUGAACGAUCACAUAACCUUAAUUCUUUGAGAGUCCACAAAGAUUGGAACUAGUUCCAGGCACAUGGAUACUCUAACUACUUCUCCUUUGCUCACUUCUAAGUUCAAACCUCUGUUUUCUCCUCAACAUAAACCUCUUUUUCCACAUAGGAGACGGAUCGGGAAGAAGAACCAAUCAAUUGUUCCUGUUGCUAGGUUGUUUGGUCCAGCAAUAUUUGAAGCUUCAAAAUUGAAGGUUUUGUUCUUAGGAGUUGAUGAAAACAAACACCCAGGAAAUCUUCCAAGGACUUACACGUUAACACAUAGUGACAUAACCUCAAAACUCACUUUGGCAAUUUCUCAAACCAUAAAUAACUCUCAGUUGCAGGGAUGGUACAAUAGAUUGCAAAGAGAUGAAGUGGUGGCGCAGUGGAAGAAGGUGAAGGGAAAGAUGUCUCUACAUGUUCACUGUCAUAUUAGUGGAGGCCAUUUUCUUUUGGAUAUAUUCGCUAGGCUAAGAUAUUUCAUCUUCUGCAAAGAGUUACCUGUGGUAUUGAAGGCUUUUGUUCAUGGGGACGGUAAUCUAUUCAACAACUACCCGGAAUUACAGGAAGCAUUGGUUUGGGUGUAUUUUCAUUCAAAGAUUCCAGAAUUCAACAAGGUAGAAUGUUGGGGUCCACUAAAGGAGGCUUCGGGACCCACUAAUGGGACCCAAGAGGAGCAAAUUGGUUUGACAUCGACACUACCACAACCAUGUCAAGAAGUUUGUGAAUGUUGCUUUCCACCAAUGAAAUUGAGCCCAAUUCCGUGGUCACAUGAAGUUCCUAAUGAUACUACUACAUAUGAACCAAUUGAUGGGAUUGGAACCCAACAUAGUAACUUGUAAACACACGAAACCCUCCUAUACACGGAAUCUCGCAAAUUCUUAUACCCAUCCUUUCUCUCAUCUAUUCUAUACUAUGUGUUCUUCGUUGUGGGGAAAAUCCGAAACCCUUUUUCAAUGUAAAUAAUAUAAGGAAAGUAGGAAGCUCAUAUUUUCAAUUUUUAUUUUCUUUCUUUUGGCAUAUGAUUUUUCAUUCAUAACAAUUAUAGCCUAUAGGCAUUGUAUUGUAUCUGUAUCUAUUCCCCCAAGUUACAUGUAUUAAAGUUAAUGUCAAUUAAUUAAAUUAAUUAA